AUGGCGGCCGUGGAAGGAGCAGCUACAGGAGUCCAAAGCCAACAACAUCAGCCGCCAGCAAGGGCCGUCGAGAGGCUAAACUCGGCGGUCCAACAGCAGCUCAAUCUCGAUUCCAUCAAGACUCGAGCCACUAGCCUUUUCAAAGCCAUUUCUCGCAUCCUCGAAGAAUUCGACGCCAUUUCACGCGCCAACGCCGUCCCCAAAUGGCAAGAUGUUAUGUCGCAAUUUUCUAUGGUGAAUAUGGAGCUGUUCAACAUUGUUGAAGACAUUAAGAAUGUUUCCAAGGCUUUUGUUGUGCAUCCUCGGAAUGUUAAUGCCGAGAAUGCAACAAUUUUACCUGUUAUGUUGUCAUCGAAACUUUUGCCCGAGAUGGAAAUAGACGACAACACCAAGAGGGAACAGUUGUUACAGGGCAUGCAGAACCUUCCAGUUUCGGCACAAAUUGAGAAGUUAAAAGCUAGAAUUGAUAUGAUUGGAGCAGCCUGUGAAAGUGCGGAGAAGGUGAUAGCCGAUACUCGUAAAGCCUACUUUGGCACUCGACAGGGGCCGACAAUUCUUCCAACUAUCGACAAGGUUCAAGCAGCAAAAAUACAAGAACAAGAAAAUUUGCUUCGGAGUGCUGUAAAUCAUGGAGAAGGGUUAAGAAUAUCUGGAGACCAAAGGCAGAUAACAUCUACACUCCCCGUGCAUUUGGUAGACAUCCUCGCUGCCAAUGAUGGUCCACAGAAUUAUUCUGAUACAUCUGGGAUGUAUCUGAAGAAUACACCUCCGCUUUCGUCAACCAGCAAUAACAGCCAAGGAAAUUUGUUGCAGGCUUCUGGAGCACAACUUCUCGGGAGAUCAGCGGCUUCCCCAUCUGGUGCUACGGUUAGUAAUUCGUUCGACAACACAACAGCAUCUCCUCUACAAUAUGCCAAUUCGCCGAGAUCCGGUGCAAGCAUGAUGAACACGCCGUCUCCUCAGCAACAGUCACUCCAGCAACUGCAGCAACAGCAACAGCAGCAAAGACAGAAAAUGAUGCAAAUACCUCAACAUCAACAGCUUCUGGCCCAACAGCAGUUUAGGCAAUCUUCAAUGAACAUGGGACAGAACCAAUUACCGCAGCUGCACGAUUUGCAGGGCCAGGGACAACAAAAGUUUCAGCAGAUGCACGGCCAGCAACAUAUGCAGUUCUCUCAGCCAUUGACAGCCCAACAUAGGCAGCUUUCUUCAGGAGCAAUGCAUGUGAAUCAAAACCAAAUGAACCAAGGAAACCAGCUGAGUCGACAAAUAAACCAGUUCUCUAGCCCUGCAAAUAAUGCGAUGUUUAAUUCUGCCCAAACUACACCAUCUCAGAUUUCAAACAUGGCUAUGAUGUCAUCACAAUCAGUUUUUCCGAGAAUGCAGGUUGGAAUGUCUGGUGGCAAUCGGAAUCUUCCUUCCCAAAAUCUCAGCGACCAAAUGUUUAACAUGGGAGCAGCCAAUUCCGGUGGCAUGAUGCCCCUCCAGCAGCAGCAGCAUAGCUCACAAGGUGCAUUCGGAAACAUGCAGCAAAGCGGACAGAAUCUACAACCUAACAUGGUACAGAUGCAAAACACGGCACAGAAUCAUCCCAACUUUCAGCAGUCGAGGCCACAAAACCAGCAAUAA